AUGAUACUAAGGCAUAAGCUCCUACAUCAAGCCUUCUCAAUAAGGUUACACUCUACCGUUAGCAAUGUUGCACUUCUGAAAAUACGAAACAUUGGAAUCAUUGCCCACAUUGAUGCCGGGAAAACCACCACCACCGAGCGAAUGAUUUAUUAUAGUGGGAAGAGCUCACGGAUUGGAAAUGUCGACGAAGGGGAUACCGUCACUGACUACCUUCGUUCAGAAAGAGAACGUGGUAUAACUAUUCAACUGGCAGCCACAACGAUACCGUGGAACCAACACAAGAUUAAUAUCAUUGAUACUCCUGGCCAUGCUGAUUUCACGUUCGAGGUGGUUCGUUCGUUACGUGUUUUGGAUGGUGCUGUUACGAUUUUGGACGCAGUUGCUGGGGUCGAAGCUCAGACUGAAAAAGUGUGGAAACAAGCGAGCGUGUUGGGAUUACCGAGAGUCAUAUAUAUAAACAAAAUGGACCGCCCUGGAGCUGGAUUCAGCAGGACUGUGCGAGAAGUCAUUCAAAAGCUUGAGACAAGGGUAGUAUUGUGCAAUAUCCCGUACUUUGAAGUUGGUGCAGAUCAGGAAUACAUUUUCAAAGGGGUUAUUGAUGUAUUGCAUGGUAAGUUGUUGAAAUGGAAAGAAGAGGAUAAAUUCGGCAAAGAGAUCGAUGUUUUCGACUUGGGUGAGUCCAAACCUGAACUUUUUGAAAUGUACAGCAAGGCGAGAGAGUCCAUGGUUGAAACUCUAGGCGAGAUUGAUGAGUCCGUUAUUGAUGCAUUCCUUGAAAACGAUGAAGAUUACUUGAAAAUUUCACCUGAAUUGUUAGACCUGGUAAUUCGGAAAGCUACAUUGAGUAACUUUUUAGCGCCAGUAUUUUGUGGGUCGUCAUUCAGGAAUAUUGGAGUGCAGCCAUUGAUGGAUGGCAUUUCCAAAUAUUUACCGUCCCCGUUGCAAACGACAUUGCCAGAUAUCAAAAGUAAGAAGAAAGAAAUUUCGAAAAAGAUGGACGAUACAAGAGGAUUGAUAUUCAACAACGAUAAGAACUUGACUGUAGGUCUUGUCUUCAAGGUUAUGACACACGCGACAAGAGGCCCCAUGACAUUUGUUAGAGUUUACAGUGGAAAGUUGAAUGCAUCCACUAAUUUGAUAAAUACAAGAACAGGCAAAAAGCUUUUGGUUAGAAACUUACUUGUGAUGCAUGGAGAUGCACCAGAGGAAGUUAAAAGUGUUAGCGCUGGUGAUAUUGGUGUUAUACCUGGAUACGAGACCGAGUUCAAGACUGGAGAUACCUUUGUUUGCAGUGCAGUGGGUAAAAAAGCUAUGGGACCGAUGGAGUCAAAUAUGACAUUGAUGCCUAUCGAUAUUCCGCCGCCUUUGUUCAAUGCUAGUAUAGAGCCACAUACUGCCGGAGACGAAGCUUACAUGAGAAAAUGUUUGGAUAUAUUGGUGCGCGAAGAUCCAUCGUUAAAGGUGCAUGUGGAUGAAGAAUUGGGACAAACGGUGCUUAGUGGAAUGGGUGAACUACAUCUAGAUAUUGUGCGUGAGAGAUUGAUUAAUGACAUGAAAGCAAAAGUUAAUUUGCGUGACGUUGCAGUUUCUUUCAAGGAAUCCUUUGUGGGUAGGACCGAGGCUGAAGGAAGUUUUGAAGCCGAGAAUACUGCAGUCAAAUUGAUUGUUGGCCAUGUUGAAAAUUGCACCGACUUUGAGUCAGUGCCGGGCGCACACGUAUUUGAGGAUGAAAACAAUGUCAUAAUCUUGCCAGAUUCUGCUGCUUCAGAGCACGCCAAGACUGCUUUGAGUGAUAGACGCUGGAAGUGUCCAAAUUCAAUAGAGGACUUGAAAGAGGCUGUGAUCAAUGGGUGCUUGACUUCGUUACAGAUGGGUGGUCCACAGUUGGGUCUUUCAUUGCAUUCGACUGUAAUUACAAUAGACCAUUGGGACGCACCAGUAGAUAAGGGUGAAGAACUAGUUUCUUCCUUGAUGAAUGCAAGUAGACAAGCUAUCCAAUCAGUCAAAGAAGAGGUGUCCAACUUUGCAAUUUUCGAGCCAGUGAUGAUAACAAAAGUCUAUGUGAACUCAAAUGACUUGGGCGAAGUUUCGCAUGACUUGACACAGAGGUGUCAAGCUGUCAUUUUAGCAGUUGAGGACGAAUCAACACAAGAUAGUGAGAUUGCCGAUUGGACCUCAGAAGUUGCUGAAAAGACCUAUGUACCACCUGAUUACACGUUAUCGCGAGCCAAAGGUAAAAGUGCGGACUUUGCCAACAAGAAGAUUAUUAUUGCCGAGACACCAUUGAAGGAAAUGAUUGGGUAUUUAUCGAAAUUGCGUGCUCUUACUCAAGGAAGAGCAACCUUUGACAUGUCCUUUAUUGGAAUGAGACGCGCAGUUGGUUCAAGAGCAGAUUCUAUUGCCCGUGGGUGA